ACGAACGAACCGAUGAGAAACAAGAAAUGAGGUAAUCCACCGCUUUCAACAAAAACUGACAAAUCAAACGAUAGCGAGCGGGUGCACUGAGUGGACGUCGACGCCGGAGCUUACUUUUUAAAUAAAUUCUCGAAAAGCUCGCGCAAGUUUGUGUGCAGAAAAUUGAGAACUGACAUUUGUGGAGUGGAGUGGUCUUUCGUCGUCAACGCAUUCCGAUACUCUCAAAUUCAAGGCGAAAGGGAGGACUUUUUUUUGUUGUUCUUAUUUGAGAAACAAGGAUAACGAAGCAAGAGAAAGAGGAUUUUGACUGCACUAGGAUAAGAUAUUUAUAAACGCAUCAAACCUAGAUGGUUUAAAAAGAGGAGAUAGUUUUUUGUCAUUCAUCCUCUUUGACGACAAGUGGAAGAAGAAUUCACUCUUGGCUGAAUAUAUAAUAGGACUAAGGAAGAGGAGCAAUAUACAUAAACAUACAAAAUGGGGCGGCGGUCAUGUACGUUUGCCGUCCUUAUGGUCGCGCUGUUAAGCCUCGCACAAGCAAUGACAAAUUCACCGCCACGUAUUAUUAAACAACCUCCCACAGAUGAACUUCUAUUCAAAGUUGCCCAACAAUCAAAAGAAAGUGACAAACCAUUCAUUAUUGAAUGUGAAGCCGAAGGACAACCUGAUCCAACAUACCGAUGGGUUAAGAACGGCAAAAAAUUUGACUGGCAAGCUUAUGACAAUCGUAUGCUGCAACAACCGGGUCGUGGUACAAUCGUUAUCACCGCACCCAAAGAUGAAGAUAUGGGUCAAUAUCAGUGUUUUGCUGAGAACGAAUUCGGAACUGCCACCUCGAAUUCGGUAUUUGUCCGCAAAGCCGAUUUGAAUGCCUUCAAAGAUGAACCCGUUAAGACAACAGUAGCCAAUGAAGGUGAACCCUUCUCAUUGCAAUGUCAACCUCCAGAUGGUUGGCCAAAACCAAUAGUUAAUUGGUUGAUCCAACAAUCCGAUGGUUCAAUCAAAAGUAUCAAUAACUCCCGCAUGACAUUGGAUCCCGAGGGUACUCUGUGGUUCUCCAAUGUGACACGUGAAGAUGCCUCCGGAGACUUUUUCUAUGCUUGCUCAGCAACUUCGGUAUUCCGUAGUGAAUACAAAGUUGGUAACCGAGUGUUGUUGGAAGUGAAACAAACUGGAAUCAGCUCAUCACAAAAUAAACAUGAACCCGUGAGACAGUAUGUUACUCGUAAAGAUGAAGUUGCAACGCGUGGCAAAAAAUUAGAAAUGUAUUGUAUAUAUGGCGGGACGCCCCUCCCGCAAACGGUGUGGAUGAAAAACGGGCAGCCUAUACAUUGGAGCGAUCGAAUAACACAAGGGCAUUAUGGAAAGUCAUUGGUCAUACGACAUGUUGCGUUCGAAGAUGCUGGAUCAUACACAUGUGAUGUAUCAAACGGAGUUGGAAAUGCUCAGUCAUAUUCGAUAAACUUGCAAGUCUUGGCAACUCCAUACUUUACAGUGGAACCAGAGAUCCAAAAUGCCGCUGAAGACGAAACAGUUGAAUUUAAGUGCGAAGCCGCUGGUAAUCCAGAACCAAGCAUUCAUUGGAUUCACAAUGGUAAACCUAUUGCCGAAGCUCCACCAAAUCCUCGUCGUAUCGUUCAAAAUAACAGAAUCAUUAUUCGUGAUCUAGUGAAGGGUGAUACUGGUAAUUACGGUUGUAACGCCACCAACUCCUGGGGUUAUGUGUACAAAGAUGUCUACGUCAAUGUUCUUGCCCUGCCCCCAGAGAUCCAAGAAGCACCACGAAAAGAAGCCACUGUUGAUGGAAAGAAUGUUACAAUGAGAUGUCGUGUGUUCGGUGCCCCCAAACCAAAGGUUAAGUGGAUGCGAAAUGGUCUAGAACUGACUGGUGGACGAUAUGUUAUUCAAACUAACGGUGAUCUUCAUAUAUCUGAAAUCGGAUUUGGUGAUGAUGGUCCAUACACUUGUCAUGCUGCUAACAAAUUUGGAAGCAAAUCAGCCAAUGGAAGUUUAGUAGUCAAGGAACACACCCGAAUUACCCAAGAACCACAGAACUAUGAAGUCGCUGCAGGACAAUCAGCUACCUUCCGUUGUAAUGAAGCCCAUGACGAGACACUUACGCUAGAAAUCGAAUGGUGGAAAGAUGGUCAACCCAUUGAUUUUGAAAACCAAGUACGAUUUGUAAAAACGACUGACAACUCUUUAACUAUUUCUAAGACUAUGGAACUUGAUUCGGGAGAAUAUACUUGUGUAGCCCGUACUGAACUUGAUGAAGCCAGUGCUAGAGCGAAUUUAAUCGUCCAAGAUGUACCAAAUCCUCCCAGUCUGGUUGGUAUUAAUUGUAAAGCCAGAGAAGCUGAAAUUAACUGGAAACCUCAAGGAGACAAUCGUUCACCAAUUUUGCACUAUACCAUACAAUACAAUACAUCCUUUACUCCGCAAACAUGGGAUGCUGCUUUUGAGAAAGUUCCAUCAACCGAUUUCAGUUAUACAAUUCCAAUGACCCCAUGGGCCAACUAUACUUUCCGAGUUAUUGCUUUCAAUAAAAUUGGACCAUCUACUCCUUCGGAACACAGUGAUUCCUGUACCACACAACCAGAUGUGCCAUACAAGAAUCCCGACAACGUCGAAGGUCAAGGAACCGAACCAAACAAUUUAGUUAUCACUUGGACCCCUAUGCCCGAGAUCGAACACAAUGCACCAAACUUCCAAUACCGUGUUUCAUGGAAGAGAGAUAUUCCAGCUGCAAGCUGGGAAAAUAAAGAUAUCUUCGACUGGCAUCAAAACAGUUUGGUGGUCAAUGAUCAACCAACAUUUGUUAAAUAUCUCAUUAAGGUCAUUGCAAUCAAUCAAAAGGGUGAAUCUAAUGUUGCUGCUGUAGAAGUAACUGGUUAUUCAGGAGAAGAUCGACCAUUAGAGGCACCAACGAAUUUCUCAAUGAUUCAGGUUACAAGUAGUACAUCAGCUAUUCUAGGCUGGAAUCCAGUCAAUCCUGAAUCAAUACGUGGCCACUUCAAGGGUUACAAAAUUCAAACAUGGACCGAUGAAGAAGGCGAAGAAUCUCUACAAGAAAUCCAUGUCAAAGGUGAUUCUAAUCAAGCAUUAGUCACGCAAUUCAAACCAGAUGCAAAGAAUUUCGCUCGCGUCUUGGCAUACAAUUCACGGUAUAAUGGUCCACCCAGUGCAGUUAUUGAUUUCAAUACACCCGAAGGUGUACCCUCACCAAUUGAGAGUCUAGAAGCUUAUCCUCUAGGUUCGUCAGCUUUCUUGUUGUCAUGGAAGAAACCAUUAAGUCCUAAUGGCAAGCUUACCGGUUACAAAAUCUACUACGAAGAUCCUAAGAAUAGUGCAAUAGAACGACAGGAACGACUUCCAAGUAUCAAGGAUCCUCGCAUUACAAGAGCCAAAUUGGCUGGACUUAAACCAAACACUAAAUAUAGGAUAACAAUUACUGCCACAACGAAGAUGGGUGAAGGCAAAGAAAACUUCGUUGAAAAGAGAACAUUACCAGGAGGUGUUUUGGAACCAUCUGUUCCAAGCUUUAGCUGGGAACAAAUGCCAUCUGAUAAUGGUUUUGCGAGAUUCAAAAUUUUAUGGCAGCCACCAGUUGAUGGAGGUCAUCCAGGAACACACUUCUUCACAAAAUACAGGGUUGUGGGAGAUAAUGAAUGGCAACAAACUACUGAAGAACUAGGCGACGAUUUCCAAAUUGUUCGUGGCCUAGAUCCAGAUACAGUAUACGAAUUCCGAGUGGUUUCAGUUGAUGGGCAUUUCAUGAAAGAAAGUGAAUCGAAACAAAUCGAUACAAAUGGCGUUGAUGGACCAAUUGUGGUGCCAAAUGAGAAUGUUGCCAAUGCUGGAUGGUUCAUUGGAAUGAUGUUGGCAUUGGCCAUCAUCAUCAUACUUUUCAUAAUUAUUUGCAUCAUUCGAAGAAAUCGUGGUGGAAAGUAUGAUGUUCAUGACCGAGAAUUGGCCAAUGGGCGUCGUGAUUAUCCCGAUGAAGGUGGUUUCCAUGAAUAUUCCCAACCCUUGGAUAACAAGAGUGCGGGUAGACAAUCAGUGAGUUCGGCGAAUAAGCCAGGUGGUGUCGAAAGCGACACGGAUUCAAUGGCUGAAUAUGGUGAUGGGGAUACAGGACAAUUUACCGAAGACGGCUCGUUUAUAGGUCAGUACGUUCCAGGAAAACUUCAACCACCAGUGAGUCCUCAGCCCACCCCUCAUCAGCAAGCGCCAUCCACACAAGGUUCCAAUGCUGUAGCUACUUAUGUUUAAGUGUUCACCUCUCUUCCCUUUUACUUUCACAAACUUCCCCUAUCUCUAUCUCUUUUACCCACAGUAAUGACAAAAAAAAAAAAAACAAACAGAAAUAUUUAAGAAAACAAAAAUUAAUAUAUAACAUAUUUUUAGCAUAACUAAAAGAGAAGCCUUUUUCGUGUAUAAGUUAAAACAAUGUGUAAUUUUAUUAUUUCAAACUCUUUCUAAUAUACAAGAAUCUCAUUUUAUUGUUUUUCUUUUAUAUACAUAUAAUUUUUUUUUACAACAAAGUCGAAUAUAUUUAUUAUUUAAAACAAAUUUUUUAUCAGCUUAAGUUAAAAUUCAUUAAACAAACAAAAAAAAACAAACAGCCUUCGAUUGUUUUGCCUAUACAUAAUGGCUUGCAGCUAUAAAUACUAAUUAAUUUACUAUUGUUUAAAUAAUAUUAUAUAAGAAAAAAAAUGUAUGAAAUACAUUAAAAAAAAAACUAAUAUUUACCCAAAUGCAUAAAGGGUUAAUGAAUUACAUUAUUCUUUUCAAACUGAUUUCUAUUUUUUUUUUUAUUUUGGCUGAACAUAAAAUUUCAAUAGUUAAAAGCACACAAGUAAAUUAACAAAAUAUAAUUUUUAUUAUAAAAUAAAAACAAUGAAAUAACAAUUAUGUGUUCAAAGAGCAUAAAACAAACCAAUGUUGUAUUUUACCUUCUCCUAUACUCAUUUUUAACUAUAUAAAUCAGUUUAGACUAAAAUACAAGAGAAAAAACAGCAACAAACAAACAAAUAAAAAAAAACAAAAAUGAGUUGUUAUACUACUUAAGAGUUAAGUUAAUUUAGUUAUUUUUUUAACUUGAAUUAUUUAGCUGUGUAAAUUUUUACAGAUCAAAUUCUUAAACACGAGUAUAAAAUAAUGCAUAAUAAUAAUAAAUAAUAAUAAUGAUAACACAAAAAAAAUAAACGUCCAUAAAAAAGUAUUUUGUUAAAUUAAAUCCAAUUUUUGUAGUUUACAUUAUUAUUACUAUUAAUAUAAAUAAACAAAAAAAUAUUCAUGAUAGAGACAAAUAUCAUAAUACACUUUUGUGAAUAUAGAAUCUGUUUAUUAUUUUCUUUAUUUUAUUAUUUUUUUUUUUUUUUUCAUUAGGAUUUAAUAAUAAUUAUAUCGAGCAGCUUUUUAAUUUGUAUGUAGUAAUAUUUCAAAUAUUAUUUUUUUUUUUUUAAUAAAAUGUUAUAAGUUCAAUUCAAGCGAGAAUAAAUUAAAUCACAUACUUUU